UCUGUUGAAAGUUGAGUUGAGUUUGAGCCAAAGUCCUACUGAAUUCAUUAGCAAAAUACUAAUGGUACAUUAGUGCUAAUGAAUUGAAUUGUAUUAAUACCAUGUUAGUAUCUGGAAUGAAUCAUAUUUUUAACAUUGGACAUGCAUGUAUUAUUUUCUCGAAUACUUUGAGGCGAAGACUAGUCAUAAUUAUAUAUUUAAGUAGUGUAUAUGUUGAUGUAUCUUAUUUUGCAUUGCGCUUCAAACAUGAUCGGACUGUUUGUGUUGGUGGUGCUGCUAGCUUUUUAUGUGAUAUGUCAAUGGAAAAAAGCUUAUGAACGACAUGAGAAUUUUCCACCUGGACCUCCAAGUCUGCCAAUUUACGGGGCCUAUUGGAUAAUUGUCGCAAAAGCCUUCAACAACCUUGCACUGGCCACAAUACGAUUAGCUAAAGAAUACAAUACGAAAUUGGUGGGUCUUUAUUUAGGGCCUAUUCCUCAAGUUCUGGUCAAUGACUCUACGUUGAUUAAAGAAGUCCUCAUCAGGGAAGAGUUUGAUGGACGAUUGGAUACAGUCAUCUCUAGAGCAAGAGGUUUCUGGAAGAAAUUAGGUAUCUUCUUCACUGAUGGCUUCUUCUGGCAUACACAAAGACGUUUCUCGCUCCGUUACAUGCGAGAUUGGGGCUUCGGGCGCCGAUGUAAAGCUCUCGAAGACACAAUUACUCAUGACACCAAGGAGAUGAUAGAAAUGGUACUGAAUGGAACUACUACUGACGAAGAAAAGAAAUUCGUCAAUGGAGAUCUCAUAUACCUGCCUCACUUCUUCGACGUUCCUUUCGUGAAUGGAUUGCUACAAGUAUUUGUUCAAAAAACUUUUUCCCGUAACGAAUAUACGCGGAUAUGGGGUUUGGGAAAGUCCGCUUUAAAGUUCCAGAGAAGCACAAAUGAUCUGGGUGGAGCGCUGGUUAUUACGCCCUGGAUAAAAAACAUCCUUCCAAACAUGAGUGGCUAUAAUGAUCUGACGAAUGGAACAAAAGGCAUAUCCGAUUUUUACGGAGAGCUUAUAAAAGAUGCUAUAGAAACAUAUGAAGACACCCACGAACGCCACUUUUUUGAUGCGUAUAUAAAGAAAAUGAAACAGGAAAUUGCGGAAAAUCAGCGUACUACAUACUCAGCCGAGCAACUGCAAUUAAUCUGCACAGACUACACAUUCCCUACUGCGAGUGCGACAGAAAUGACGCUGACGCUGCUCCUGGAGAGGAUACUAAUUCAACCGGAACUCCAAGAUAAGAUUCACGAAGAACUUGACAGUGUGGUGGGGAGAGAUCGAAUGCCCACUUUGGAUGAUAGACAGAAUUUGCCGUUCACAGAGGCUUGCAUUCGUGAGAUUUUAAGAUUCGAGACACUGGUACCGUUAGGGGUCCCUCAUCGCGCGAUGAAGGACACAACACUAGGAGGGUACAAUAUUCCUGAGGGUACCUCGGUGGCAGUUAAUCUAGUGACUCUCCAUAUGGAUGAGAAGAUCUGGGGUGAUCCGCAGAACUUCAGGCCUGAGCGGUUCAUUGUUGAUGGAAAGCUUCAAGUUAGUCUGGACAAGUCCCUGCCUUUUGGAGCUGGACGCAGACUUUGUGCUGGGGAGACCUACGCUCGUCACAGCAUGUUUCUGAUAUUCGCGGCCUUUAUGCAGGCCUUCCAGGUGUCUACAGCUGAUGGCAAGCCUUUAACCCGACCCGCGAAGAGGAUACAGGGUAUUAUAACCACGAUUCCAGAGUUCUGGAUUCGGGUUACGCCAAGAAUAGGUUAAAAGCAAACGUAAACUUCUAUCAUGAGUGUGUUGAAGUAAUAAUUAAAAAUGUUUUAUGUGAAAUGGUUAUUGUAAGGAGAGCUUAUUCCGAUGGCGUGAAUUAAGUUGCGAUUGUAGUUUGGAUAUUUUAAUAAGUUGAAGCAUAAACAAAAUCACUAAUAUAUUACCAGCUGCCCACUGAAGUAUUUCCGAACCAAUUCGACUUAGGGUCCUUCAAAAAAAGAGCGUACUAAUUCUUAAAAGGCCGGCAACGCACUCGCGAGCCCUCUGGCAUUGAGACUGUCUAUGGGCGGUGGUAUCCCGUAACAUCAGGUGAGCCUCCUGCCCGUUUGCCUCCGGUUCUAUAAAACUAAAUAAACACUUUAUUUGGAGCUGGAUAGCAACUAACAUUAAAGGUGAUCAACUGACAAAAACAAAGUUGGCUUAUCUAAUGGAUCACAAAUUUAAAUGACACAUGUUAUUGGACGUUAUCGGAAAUGAGAAUAUUAAAAUACGAGUUAUAAGUGUGGAAAAAACUUAAGGGCUUUAAGUAAUAAUAAUAAGAAUAAUAAUCUUAAUAAGUGUUUAUAAUUAUUAACUAUGUACAUGGAUAUAACUAAAAGUUACAUAACGCGUGUUAAAAUAAUUUCUUUCUUUCAUGUUCGUUAUCGUAUGCAACAUUAAACUACGUUUUAUUGUUUGUACGGGACUUUGUAAUUAAUCACUUAAUUUAAAAAAAAACAUAAAUCUAUCGAUAAGUUAUACAUUGUAAUAGGAUAAUUUAGUAUAAAUUAUAAUAUUUUAAAAAUG